AUGCCGACCAAAACCCCCACCCCCACCACAACCGGCGUCCCCGCAGAUCUAAAGACAAUACACGAAUCCUCCCCGAACCAAUCGAAGCAACUGCCACCCCCCGAAGCCCGCACGCGUGAAGAGCUCCGCGAGCAAGCCGCCAAAUUCCUCGAAGCUAGUAGCACCAAGAAUGCGCCGUGGGAGCAGAAGAAGGAGUUCUUGCUAGAGAAGGGGCUGACGGGGGAUGAAAUUGAGGCUCUAGUUGAGGAGAUGGAGACGGUGCAGAAGAGGAAUAUGGAGCAGGCGACCGCCACGAAGGAGGAGGUUAAGGCGGUUUUGAAGAAGGCGAAGGGAAAGAAGAAGAAGGUUUGGACCGCUUUCCCUUCCUUCGGAAGUAAUCUCAGACGGUGUGGUGCUAACGGUGGUGUUGGUAGCCCGAGGAGCGACCCUCCACAGCUGCAACAAAGGCCGGCACCGACGAUAAAACAAAACCCUCCCCAAAAGACUCCGACCGGGGGGGUAGGAGGGCCGCCGCCGCUGCGGCUGCUAUCUCCCCCCCACUAAUAACCUACCCGGAAUUCCUAACCCCAACACCACCCCCACCCCCACAACCACUAGUCAGCGCCUCCAACAUCCUCAAAUCCGCAUAUUUCGCCUCGGCCGUUGGCAGCACAAUCUAUGGCGCGCACAAAUUCAUCUUCACACCCAUGUACUCCACGCUCACAGACGCACGGCUAGACCUCUCCUCAACGGCACUGAAGAACCUCACGGAGCUAAACACCCGGCUACGCGAUCUCGUCCCGUCAAGACGAAUCCAGCACCCCACUGCCAAUAGCAACGAAAAAGCCUACUACCCCUCCUCCUCCUCCGGCGACGAAGACGAUAGCAGCAGCACCUCAGACCCCAGCGAACUAUUCCACGUCGACGCCACGACGCAAACCAGCCCAUUACUGGACUACCACCCCAACACCUCCGACGAAGCCGAGGACCUAACCCCGGACGGGAAACUGGAGCACUUAUCAACGCAACUCCACGCCCUCGUCGAGAGCCACUCGGACGGCAUGGACAAUGAGCUCACGUUCGCGCUUGAGGACCUCAGGAGCUAUCUCGAGAGCCUCACAUACGACUGGAGCGGUUCCAGCAUCUUCACCUCGCCCUACGAGUACGCUGGGGCGAAGGGCAAGGAUGGUAAGGAUGAUGCUGUGGCGAAGGUCAAGGCGGAGAUCAGGAGCGUCAAGGGAGUUUUGUUGAAUACGUUUGUCUUUCCCUCCUCCCCACUCUCUGGCUUUCCUCCUCUCCCUCUUUUUGUUCGUCUCUUUGGGCGCUGACCCCCGUUUCGUCUGGACUUGCAGGAAGAAUUUCCCGGCAUCGAGGUAA